GUUGUCGCCAGUGUGUUCUUCACCAGAAACGUCCCAAAUGUUUCAUUCCAGCCUCCGAUCCCGAACAUGAACGUCUGCCAGGACCAGUGCUGUGAUGUUGGUGCCCAUCUCUGCCUCCAUCUGAAGCUGGCUCUGUCUGACUGGGAGCAUGUGAACUGUGUAACUGGGAAUGUGGCUCCUUCCCAAGAAUCUCCUGACCAAAAGUAAUGACCCGUUAUUUUUCUGACUAGCCCCUCAUCUGGACUGCACCAGGCCUCUGUGUGCUGCACUAAAGCCCCCCCUUCCCCGAGAUCCUGUCUGCAGGACGACACCGCUCUGCUCUUGUUUCAUAGUUUCCCAGUUAUCGAUUUUUGAAAGACAAAAUGAUUGAUCUGAGCUUUUUAACGGAAGCCGAGCAGGAGGCCAUCCUGAAAGUCCUGAACCGAGACUCAGUGCUCAAGAAGGCAGAGGAUCAGCGCAUACGUCAACUACAGUUUAAUGUCGAUGACGAGAAUGAGUUAAAGUAUAAAAGCGGCCAAUGGUUUUAUGAGGCCAAAUCAAGACGACACAGGGAUAAAAUACAUGGAGCUGACUUGGUCAGAGCAUCAAUUAGGAAGCGGAAAAAGCCGGCAACUAUAGCUGAGCUAGGUCAGAGCAGUAAGGACAGAUCAAAGAGGAGCUGGGUGAACAGUAUCAACCAAGACAUUUUUAUUCCUCCAGAGCAGUACGGUGUCAUGGAGCCACCGGAUGAAACAGAAGAAGACCUAAUGGCUACUAAAGCCGAGUCCAACAACAGUGCAAAAAGAGUGGGCUUCAGCUCUCCAGAUACUGACAAAGGAGUGCUACCAAAUGGAAUUGCUUCCCCUGCAAAGCAACGAAAAAAUCCUUUCAACUCUGAAAAUCCAGUAGAUGCAACAGACCAUGAUGCCGAGAUGUCAAACCAAAGUCCUCAAGAUGGCCAAGUGAAUGGGCAAGGAACAACGAGAAACAUCAUGUCCUCCAUAAUUAAGUACGGUGUGAGAUUACCUUACGCAGCACCUAUCAGUGACAGGCAGACUGCACAGGAGGCUGAAGAGGACUCUUCAAUGAAGCAACCUCCAGUGCCAAAACCUAGAAAGCGGUUAAUAAACGGGGGGCCUCCAGAGCGCUCUAACUCAUCACUCCAGAGAGAGGACUCUCUUAAUGGCACAAACAAACGUAGAGGAAUUUUGAAACGUGGGUCGAGUUCGAGCUCAACGGACUCGGAAAGCAUAAGAAUUCCUCCAAAUGGCGAACAAAUGAAACUGGCUUUGCCAGCCUUACCUAUUCUGGAAGCUGAUCAGCCUUAUUUAUUUGAUGACCAAGUUUCAUCAUCAGAAAACUCACCAGACAAGCAAAAGCAAGUGAGAUUCUCUGAGAAAGUUCUUCAGAAGCCACCUACUCCAAACCUAGAAUCCUAUAACGUGCUCGAAAUAGGUGAAUUUGGAAUUCUUGAACCUAGUUCCUCUCAAAAUGAACUGGAUUAUGAAAUGGUGGACCACCCUCAUUACGAAGAGUUCAAACCAAACCGAUACUCUUACAACUCAACGGAAGCUGUUGACCAAAGUUCCCUUGAAGAGAAGCCAACUGUUCAGAUGUCUUUAAAUUCAGCUCCGAUCUUGGACGACGAGAAGAAAAUGGAAGACCGAAGGCGAGAAAUAAAGGACGACCGAAUAUAUGACAUUCUCGAUGAGAGACACCUCGAGAUAAACGUUGAUUCUGCUGGUACAGAAAACAUUUACGCUGAAGUGAGGAAACCUUCAAAGUCUACCUCUUCGAAUCAAGAAAAAGACUUUGCAAUGGAAGAUGCUCUCAUGGAGCCAAGACUUCUUGACCAAAGAGGCAAGACUGAAAAAACUUACCAAAGAGAAAAAUCACUGGAGUUUGGAAAAAGUUAUGGUGGAGGUGGUAAAAUAAACUAUGGAUCCAGUGAUACCAUUAUCCAACCAGGACAAGUUUCCACCAAUGAAGACAUUUUGGCUCCUGAAAAGGCCUCAAAUACGCGGUCAUCUUAUAAUGUUUAUGAAGAUGAACCAAAGCCCAGCAAUUAUGAUGGUGACUAUUUCCCAAAGUGGAGACGUCCAUAUACUUCGGGGAAUGAAGAUUUAUUGGCAGACAGAUUUGUUAAACCCUAUCCUGAAAAUAGAACGAAUUCAAAGUAUUCACCUGGUGAACACAAAACAGAUACUAAAUAUAAGUCCAUGUUUCUUAAAAAUACACCUGAAGUUGAAGGUAAAAUAGCAGCACCUUCAUCCAACUUUCCAGUAGCCCAAACUUUACCAUUGUCGUCUAGGCCAUUAAGUCCAGAUUACCAAACUCGUGAAAUAACUUUACGUGACAGUCCAGAAAAAAUUGACUUCCCAAAGUCUGCCAACUUCAAAGUAAUGUCGUUGAAAGAUAGAAUUCAUGAUAUGCCAAGUGAACAGCUGUCCAACCCAUCCCAGUUUCAGAGCUUAAAGCAUUUCUGGAAUGUAGAAGACAAAAAUUGGUCUAAGGGAGAUGUAGCUACAUCACCAGAAAAAAUCCUUACAGAUGUCUCAAAGAGAAACAAGCCCAUCCGAGCUGACUUUAAACAAAGAAAUUCUAAAGAGAUCCCUGUAAGUGACCUCAGUCUCCCCAGUUCAUUUGACAGCCUAUCUGAGGAGGAACAAACUUCUCAGAAAGUAGCUUCUUGGUUAGCACAGACUCCUUCUGUUUAUGGGGCUGAGCAAUUGAAUGCUGAUGAAGAUCAAGUCCAACCUGGUGAAGAAGUUAUGGAAAACAUUGAUAAGACGGUGAUAAACAGGAAAAACCAAGCUGAAGAGUUUUCAAGUGCCCUUCAGAAACUAACAGAUGAAGCUUUAGAAACACCCAAGGUUACAAAACCUGAAUAUGUGAAGAGUAAAGACGAACAGAUUUCUCCUUUUAAGGAGUCGGACUUGUUGGAUCAGAAGAAAAAUACAACUACAUUUUCAGUAUCUUCGGCAGAAAAGAAGCUUCCUCCUACAAAGUUUUAUGAACGCGUUGUACAAAUUAGUAACACACCAUCCCCUGCUAAAGAAACAAAUACAUCCCCUAAACAGUAUCCAAAAGAAGAAAUUGAAGAAAGUGUAGAGAGAAGUGUUGCACCGGCAAAAACGGCAAAUGAGUUCAAAAUUGGUUUUCAGAAGCUGAUGGAAGAAUAUGAAUCUGUGCCCACCAAAUCGGACCGGGAACACCAAGAAGACCCAAACUCAAAAGGUAAGGAGCAACAACUGAUUGAAACGGAAGAGAUCAUAGAUAAAUCCUUUGUUCCCAAAGGGAAUGACCAAGAAUUUAUUGCAGCACUGAAUAGGUUGAAAAUUGAAGCCUCCACACCAUCUAUCGUUGAAGAACAGGAUGAGCAACCUGAAACAAUAUUGAUGCAGAACUCGGCGAGUCCUGUGAAGUCUUCAUUUCAAAUUGGUUUUGAACAUCUCAUGCCAGCCGAAGGGGAUACAUAUGAAUCUCCUCAGAAAUCCAGUGUAAAUUACACAGUUCAGUCAUCUCCACACAUUAAUGAAGAUACAAAUGGGAUUGAAGAAGUGGUGGAGAAAACAUCAGCACCAAGUAGAGUAGAUGAAAAUGAUCUUGGUGCUGCGCUGAAGAAACUAGAGCAGGAAGCAGCUGCCAUUGACCCUGGUGAACCAGAGGAUAACUAUGAAAAGCCAAAAAUAACUCCAACUUUGCAAAGUGCAAGGAGCACUUCUGCUGUGCAAAGCUUUGAAAUUCCAAGGUCUGAUAUACAAAACAUGGCUCCCUCAUCUGACUCCAUGGAAAAGAAAUUGGCAUUCGAAGAUCCUCUGUAUUCUAACAGAAGCAGAAAGUCAUCAGUGGAAGCUAAGGAUGCUUAUGUGACCAAUGCAAUUCCUGAAAAAGAAAAACCUAAAUAUUAUUUUUAUGGACAAGAAAAUCUUCCAGUGGAAGAAAAAAACAUAGAAAAGACCAUUAUUGAUACCAAAGAGAGUAAUGCGGACUAUAAGAACAGAUUAAUGCAUCUGGAAGAAGAAGCAGCAACUUUGUUCCCAGAAGAACUGGAAGAUCUAUCAGUUGAUGACCCACUCCAUGUUUCACCGGCUCCGACAAAGGAAGUAUUUAUUUCAAAGAAAGUGUUUAACAGUGAAUCAAUGCCAAUUGAGCUACCUUCUUCAAGAGGUAUGCCAAAGGACCUCAGUCAACCGCAACCCUAUGCCUACAAGGAGCUGGCAAAUAAUCCUCAAUCUCCAUCUGAUCAGUCUGGCUCUUUCACAGGAAGCGCAGGAAAUCUGCUAUAUAAGAAGCCAGGCAGUUCCGGAGUAUCAAACUCUAAGCAAGGUAAGCCAGCUCUUGCAGGCAGCCCAAGUGACUCCAGUUCAUCUAAAGAUAAAUAUACAAUUGAGGUCAUGAAGGCACAGGAUGAGUCCAUAAGUAAAGUUCUAGAUUGGUUUAGUCGAAGUUCUGGCUCGGUUGAUGACCAAAUGCCAUCUGUGGGUUUGUUGGAGGAAUCAAAAACUAGUCCCCAAAAGCUAAUUACUAAUGCUGACAAAUUGGAAGAUAAGGCCUCUAGACAUGAUGUUGAUAAUUCAGUCCGUGGAAGUGAAGCCACACAACAGAUGAAUCCCACUCCCCAAAUGGCUAGGAAUUUGGAAUCCAAAGAUGACAUGAAGACUAUGGAUGUUGACCAGCCAGAGAUUAUGAAUACAAACUCUUUAUCUUCUGUAGAAGAUGAAUUCGUUCCACCUCAUCAGAUGCCUUUAAAAGAAUCUUUGGAGUUUGGAAAGAGCGGAAGUGGAUCUGGAAAAAUUUUGCAUAGCUCAAUCAAUGAAGAUUCCCUUCAAAAAUAUCUGCAACAUCCUCUGGAAGAAUUUGAAAAAGGCAAAGAAAGUUUAACAGAAUCCUUGGAGUUUGGAAAGAGUGGAAGUGGAUGUGGAAAAAUUCUGAGUACCUCAAUCAAUGACAAUCCCCUUCAAGAAUAUCCACCACUUGAUGUGGAAGGAGUAUCUGAAACAGACAAAGACAGUUUAACAGAAUUAUUGGAGUUUGGAAAGAGUGGAAGUGGAUGUGGAAAAAUUCAGAGUAGUUCAGUCAAUGAUGAUGAUUCAAUUCAAAAACAUCCACACUCUCCUGUGGGUGGAGUAUUUGAAAAAGACAAUUUGGAAGCUGAAAAGGAAGAGAGUAGUGAAUUAAAUGAAAAGGUGGCUUCUUUGGAUGAGGAUGAUACAGGAGAAACUCCAGUGGGUAAGCUAAUAGAACUAGAGGAGGUUUUGACUCCUACUUUAGAACAAAAUGACCAAACUUCCAAAAACAUAGAGAAGGAUAUAUCAAUCAUUCCACUAAGGAGAGUUAGUGAUAUUAAACUAUUGUGGGAAGGGGAUAGAUCAUCUCAAGAUGCAACCAAACAGCCAGUCUUAAGUAAUACUGAGAAUCCUUUAAGUCCAGUCAAAUUAUCCAUUACUCCAAAAAGUGGUUCUAUUGACAGUGAUUCCCCUCAAGAAUAUCCACAACUUCCUGUGGGAGGAGUAUUUGAAACAGACAAAGAGAGGUUAACAGAAUUAUUGGAGUUAGGAAAGAGUGGAAGUGGGUGUGGAAAAAUUCAGAGUAGUUCAGUCAAUGAUGAUUCAAUUCAAAAACAUCCACACUCUCCUGUAGGUGGAGUAUUUGAAAAAGACAAUUUGGAAGCUGAAAAGGAAGAGGGUAGUGAAUUAAAGGAAAAGGUGGCUUCUUUGGAUGAGGAUGAUACAGGAGAAACUCCAGUGGGUAAGCUAAUAGAACUAGAGGAGGUUUUGACUCCUACUUUAGAACAAAAUGACCAAACUUCCAAAAACAUAGAGAAGGAUAUAUCAAUCAUUCCACUAAGGAGAGUUAGUGAUAUUAAACUAUUGUGGGAAGGGGAUAGAUCAUCUCAAGAUGCAACCAAACAGCCAGUCUUAAGUAAUACUGAGAAUCCUUUAAGUCCAGUCAAAUUAUCCAUUACUCCAAAAAGUGGUUCUAUUGACAGUGAUUCCCCUCAAGAAUAUCCACAACUUCCUGUGGGAGGAGUAUUUGAAACGGACAAAGAGAGGUUAACAGAAUUAUUGGAGUUAGGAAAGAGUGGAAGUGGGUGUGGAAAAAUUCAGAGUAGCUCAUCAGUUAAUGAGGAUUCACUUAAAAAAUAUCCACAAUUUUCCAUGGGGGGUGUAUUUGAGAGAGACGAAACAAGUUUGGAAGCUGAAAAGGAAGAGGGUAGUGAACUGAAGCAUAAGGUGACUUUAUUGGAUGAGGAUGACACUGGAGAAACACCAGUGGGUAAGGUAAAAGACCAAACUAAGUUUUUGAUUCCCACUUUAGAACAAAAUGAAAACACAAGUUUAAAAAACACAGGUGAGGAUGUAGAAAUCAUUCCACAAACAAGAGCUAGUGAUGUUGAACCACUGAGGGAAGGGGACAGCACAUCUCAAGAUGUAAUCAUAAAUAAUGUCAAGCAUCCUUUUAGUCCAUUUGAAUUAUCUACUACUCCAAAAAGCGGUUCUUUUGAUGGGGAUUCCCUUCAAAAAGAUCCACAACUUGAUGUGGGAGAAGUAUCUGAAACAGAAAAAGAAAGUUUAACUGAAUUAUUGGGAUUUGGAAAGAGUGGAAGUGGAGGUGGAAAACUUCAGAGUAGGUCCAUAAAUGAUGAUUCCCCUCAAAAAUAUCCACAACUUUCUGUAUUUGAAAAUGACAAACGUUUGGAAGCUGAAAAGGAAGAGAGUAGUGUAUUGAAGGAAAAGGUGGCUUCUUUGGAUGAGGAUGAUACAAGAGAAACACCAGUGGAUAAGGUAAAAGACCAAACUAAGGUUUUGACUCCUACUUUAGAACAAAAAGAAGACCAAAGUUCCAAAAAAACAGAGAAGGAUAUAUCUAUAAUUCCACAAAGGAGAGUAAGUGAUAUUAAACUAUUGUGGGAAGGGGAUAAGCCAUCUCAAGAUGUAACCAAAAAGCCAGUCUUAAGUGAUAUAAAACGUCCUUUUAGUCCAGUUGAAUCAAUUACCCCAAAAAGCGAUUCUUUUGACGGCGAUUACCAGAAUGGUGCAAGCCUUGUGACUUUUAAAAAAGUGAUAGUGGAGGAUGAAGAUGACCCCAUAUCCCCUAUUAAUCAACUAAAAUCAUUUUGGGAAAAUGAUAAGAACAAAGAUACAACGAAAGGUAAACCAGAUGGACAGUCCAUGGAGAAUGAUAACUGGACUGAGCACAAAGGGGCACCUAUGGCAGAUCCAAAGUCAAAAUUCAAAACGCGGCACUCAAUACAAACUUUAUUUGAAACGGAUAAAUCUACUGACCCAGAGAAAAAUCUUCCUGGAAGACAUGUUUCACUUGGUGAAAGUGCAAAUGAAAGUUUAAAAGAUCGCAUGAAAUCCACAUCCUUCCAAAGUUUAAAACAUUUCUGGAAUACAUCAAAUAAAUCGGACAAUAAGUGGAAUAAUCAAACCCUCCCAGAAAACACCACUAAGCAGUUUGGUUCCAAUCCUGACCUAAGAAUCAAAGAACCAUUCAUAUUAAAAGCUAAAAGUAGACUAGCAGCAACGAGUUUGCAUGAUAUUAGACAGGACCCAUCAGCUGUUUCUCAAUUUCAGGCAUAUAAUGCAGAACCUACUUCUAGGAAAUUUAGCAGAGGAAAUGGUAAAAAGGAAGACCAACAGAAGUCGGUAAACAAAACUGAGAUGAAUCCUAGUCACACUAGUGGUGGAAAUGAUAAACCUGAGAAGCCAAUAAGAUCAGUUGAUGUAGUGCUUCAGAAAAGUUUGAUACCCUCCAACUAUCAGAAAUCCUUCAGUACAGUUGCUGAUAAGCGUGAAGCCAAAGAAGGUUCUGGCAUAUCUGAUGAAAAGCAAAGGGCACUUACAAAAGUUUUGGAAAAUUCAGUUGAUCCAAAAAGGAUUGCAGAAAGUGAAACUAGCCUAGGGUUGAAAACAUUACAGGGUGAGUUAUUGGGUAAAAAUAUUAAUUCACCAGAUGAAAAGCCCCAGUCCACAACUUUUGAAAAUUGUCCCGAUGUUCAAAGUGUGUAUCGAGAUGAAGAAAAUGGGGAAAUGAAUGAGAAGGGUCGAAAAAUGCUUCUUGUAAAACAAAAUGGAUUUGAUGUUGGUUCACCUGUACUUUCUAAUGUAGCUGAGCCUCUACAGGAAAACAAAGAACUUUCAGAAAAUGAGUAUUCUACAGGAAAAGAUGAAGCAUCUGAUUUGAGAGAGGUUGUUAAUGAGAAUAUUGAAAAAACUGUCACUCCGCUCAAAAAUGACCCUAGUGACUUUGAUAGAAAAUUACAAAAUCUGUACAAUGAAUCUCUGAAUACAGUAGACUUUAAAAAUGGAAAUCUGACCGCACAUGAGUAUAUGGGCAUAGACGAACCUGCCCAAACGUUUAGCAAAGUCCUGGCCGUUUCAUCAGGACCCUAUAAGGACAAUCAGCCUAUAAUAAUCAAUAUUUCAUCCAAAAAGACAGAGAUUGGGAAUAAGGAUACAACCCAGCCUCAGCAGGACAAUCUCACUGAAACAAGUUUAAUUAGGCAUGUAUAUUCUGAUAUCCCCACUGCACUUGGUCAAACGGUUGCUCUACCUUCCAGUGACGUCACAAAUAUAACUUCUGAAGAACUUGCAUCUGAACUAAAAGGUUCUUUAUCCAGGGAACCUGAAGUAAAUGAGAUAUCAUCUGAACCAAACGAUAAGUAUAAUGCUCCUCAACCAGAAAAGCUAUGCAAAAAAGAAAUUAUAGAAAGAAUUGAGAUGCCGGUUGUCCUACCCAAAACUCGUUCUAGUUAUUUUGAUGAGAAACUUAAACAACUGUAUGAAGAGUUACAAAAUUCUCAGCCUAAUCUUGAGGAGACUGCAGACAGUGUGGCUGAGUAUAAUGAGCAUGCUGGGGUAAAGAGUGAAGCCAAUGUUUAUUUGUAUUCUAGUGAACCAAAAAAAACAUUCCUCAAGUCGUCUACAGUAAAUUUGGAGUCUUCUCAGAGCAUAUCAGCUGAUCGGGAGACACUGACUGAUGAAAGUGCUCCUUCUGGUUCUCAAGCUCCGGAUAUUUUGCUGCAGGAAGUAAAUGAAACAAUUGAGAAAACUGUAGCACCAAAGAGAAUAUCGAAUGCUAAAAGCUUAGAAGAACUUCAAAAAGAGGCCAAGAAUGAGGAAGCUGGGGAAUUGGUAGGAAAUGUCUCUUCUGGUCACAUGACCCUUAAUGAGUCCAUCUCCAAGCUGAAUGAUCAAGCAUUGAGAGGAAACAGCAUUUCUGAAACUAUUCCUGGAGAAAAAGAAGACCAUACGCUAGAGGGAACCGAACCUGCCAGAUAUGAAAAACAUGAAGAAGGAACUCCAGAAACAAGAGUAACCUUCAUGUCUGAUAGACAGAGUACACCUGUAAAAGAAAAAAACGGAUCUUUACGAAGGAGUACAUUGGAACUCUAUCUGGAAGCACCAUAUCGAAGAGAAAUAUCAAAAAGUAUAGAUUUCAGCACUUUUGAAUAUAUUCCUUCAGAUGCCAACAAAUGUAUGGAUAACUCAAACCCCGUUUUGAGCGCGCUGAAAAGGAGCACAGCUAAAACGCUUAACAAAGCUGUACUGGAAGUUUCCCCCACAAGUACAAAUCAAAACAACCUGAACAACCAAAAAGCAGACACCCUAGGUCCUACGGAAAACUCAUUCCCAGAAAAUGCUGAAAAAUUUAAGCGGAUGAGUCAGUCUGUGCCGGCUUUCCUUCAAGACGAUACUGAUGGCAGAGAGACAGAUUCCGCAUCAGAAAGCAGUUUUCACAUUGGCAGACACAAGAAGAGCCCAAGCUCUCUAACCAAUCUUAGUGGCUCGUCUGGCAUGGCGUCAAUGUCUUCUGUAAGCGGAAGCGUCAUGAGCGUGUACAGCGGUGAUUUUGGCAACGUGGACAUUAAAGGCAGCAUAGAAUUUGCCAUUGACUAUGCGCAAGAGCUGAAGGAAUUCCAAAUCUUUAUCUACCAGUGCAAAGACCUGGCGGCGGUAGACGUCAAGAAGCAGCGUUCUGACCCGUACGUGAAGACGUAUUUACUUCCAGAGAAAGCAAAGAUGGGGAAAAGGAAAAGCGCAGUGAAGAAAAAGAUCCUUAACCCUGUGUAUAACGAAGUACUGAGGUACAAGAUCCCGAAAGAAUCUCUUGAGGCUCAGACGCUGAACGUAUCUGUGUGGCAUCAUGAUGUCCUCGGCCGAAACAGUUUCCUGGGUGAAGUCAAUGUAAAUUUGUCAACAUGGGACUGGCAGAAUAAACAGAAGAACUGGUACCUGCUUGAGGCACGAACACCAGCGUCUGGUAUUGGGCUAGUGAACAGAGGAGAGAUAAGUCUGUCCCUGCAGUAUAGUCCGGUGUCCUCUGCUGAAGUUGGUAAAAAGCCGAACACAUCUGGAGAAGUGCAAAUCUGGAUCAAGGAGUGUAUCCAGCUGCCGAUGCUGCGGGAAAACAAGAUCAACGCCUUCGUAAAAUGCACUAUAUUACCGGACACAAGCAGGAAAAGUCGCCAGAAAACACGAACUGUGGGCAAAACGCCAAACCCUUUUUUUAACCACAAGAUGAUUUACGAUGGGUUCAGGGAAGACGACCUGAGAGAAGCCUGCGUGGAGCUGACAGUGUGGGACAACAACAAGCUGACCAAUCACUUCUUGGGAGGCACAAGAAUAGGAUUUGGAACAGGAAAGAGCUAUGGAACACCUGUAGACUGGAUGGACUCUAGUCAUGAGGAAUCAAUCAUCUGGGAAAAAAUGAUCACCUCGCCCAACAUCUGUAUUGAUGCGAUUCUGCCACUACGCAUGUUAAAGAUGGCCAAGCUCUCUAAAUAAAUGAGAAAAUAUUGUAUAUGCUUCCAUAACUUUGCGGCACUGUGAUCACUUUCCAUAACUAUGAUCCUCACUAUGAUCCUCACUCUCUUUCUGCCGAAUCCCCCAAAACAGGGGUACAAAUUCAGAAAAUUCAUGUGGCUUGGCAGCUCCAAUGAUUUAUUCGAGCCUGGAUUGGCCAUCAAAGUCCAUGAGAUGUCUGAAGGCAACCAUUAUUAGAGAUGCCCUGUUUCACAAAUAUACCUAAAGGGGUCCGGGGGUGUUACCUAGGGUCAUGGCUGUUUUGCAUCUGAAAUCAUUUGGGGUCCAAGAUGAAGAAUCCCCGUUAAAUGCUACCUAUGUCUUCAUGAUAUAUCCCCCUGUAGCUAAAGGGGAAGACCCAUUUUAAUGGUCAACAUUCUGUUCUGUUUCUCCCUGCACUUACGCUGCUACCAUUAUGGCUCAGGCUUCAUGUGACUACCGUGGGCAAGAUUUAUGUCAUGAGUUUGUUUUGUUUUUUGUUUGUUUUGAAUUAUUUUUUGGAUCUGUAAGUUUCUUCCUCUACUUAUGAG